GUUCAUUGCAUUCACUCAUUUCUUCAAUUGCCAUUCACAUCAAUCCCGUGUAUGGAGAAUGGUAUCGUGAGAAUAAAUCUCGCCGUACUAUUUCAAUACCUUCACUUCAAUAUUUUCAAAUCUCAAGAUCCUAUCUCUGGUCAUUAUCAUCAACAUGCCGGCGCACAAAGGGAUCAAGCUGCAAAUAAUUUCGCAAUGGGAGUUAAAAAUGCACCCAGAGUUUCCACACCCAGAAAGUACUCAAUUUACAUUUCGAUCACCAAAAUUGGACAAAGAAGCUUUCGAAGGUCAUGGCCACUCACCAGCUACUAAAUCUAGUGAUAGCAAGGCCGAUCGUUUACUUGGUAGACAGUCCUCAAUUAUCUCGGUUUAUAUACCCUCAGCAUCAGGAUCUCGGUUUUUUAUACGAUAUAACGUCGGCGGCGCCGCACAUGAAGGUCCAUGGUUCUACUUCAAAUUAUACAUGAAUGGCCGACACGUUACAUCUUGGGGAACAAAUACGAAGAACCGACCGAGCGGGCAAGUGAUGAGAGCAUUGUUCGAGCCAGGCAUAGAAUGGGACUACAAGGAAGGUAAAACAACUUACAAGAAUCCCGGUACGGAAUACAGACCAUUCUUCUUCAGCCGGGAAAAUGAAGCCUGUGCUGCUGCGGAUGAUGGUGGUUUGAUCGAGAUUAGGGUCUUUCGUGCUCGCGGACGUAAGAGAAGAAAUCCGCAGCUUGUGCAAUACAAAGACCAGUCAGUGUAUGGUGUUGUUAUGCCCACUCAUGGCCUUGUGGAAAAACCUCAAGAUGCGAGAUAUUACGACUGGCAUUUGAAGGAUGCGAAGGAUAAUCCAUUUGUAACAUUCAAAUUUCAUUACAGAAGUUGGGACCAUCUGGAAAGGCUGCAUCUUAUACCUCCUAACCAUCCUAGAAUUCUUGAAUCCCAGGUCCCAGUUAUAGCUAGGCACCUAAUGGCCUCAAGCCAAAUUAUACCACAACCGGACCAACCAACUGGAUCACCACAUACUCCAACGAAAUACUUAGGCAAAGUUUAUACCAGCGAUCAAAUACAUGAUUCUCUUCGAGCUGCCUAUCCUCCAUUCGACCUUAGCGACAGUCCUUAUUCUCCUGAUGAAAAAAACCCCUGGAUAUCUCGAAUCUUGGAUGAAAAUCAACUAGAUUCGUCAUUAACGGUCAAAAAGGAUCACAGAGAUGUAUUCGUUGUUUCCACUGAUUCUAGCACAGAACCUGAUCCUUUCUACAUCUCAUCGUCUAGAGAGAAAGGCAUCGACAGAAGAAUCAUACCAAUCUCAGCAAUUUCGGCGCUAUCUAUUGAUGGAACUGGAUCACCCUUUUCACAUGGAUGGUUGGCUAGUGCUUACAAUACUAGACCACUACCUGAUAUACCAAGUCGGAAUUCAUCAACAGCUUCUCGUGCAUCAGCAACUUCUCGUGCACCAUCUGUUACCCCUUCUUUAAUUUCUUAUAUUGAUAGAGAUCAGCCAUCUCCAGAACCAGUUAUUGGAACUGCAAUUGCAGUAUCUAUUGACUCGGAUGUUUCUGAGGUAUCUAUUGCAUUCGAUAAUGAGAGUGAAGAAGAUGAAUUCGAUGAAGAACAUAAUUUUGAAGGUCUAUCGGCUUUGUCCCCACCACCUUCUAGAGCUGACUCCAAGAGACAAGGAAUUAUCUCAUCAUCAACAAUACAGCCUUCUUUCUCCCUUCCGAACGUCACGAUACGCAAGCCGAGGCAUUCAAUAAAUGAAAUCUCACCAUUGAAAAUACCCCCAAGAAAAGAUUCUAUCACUGCUAAAUCAUAUGUUAGCACAGCAAGUGACGAUACCACAGGCACACUCUCCCUCACCGAGUCAGAGUGGAUGCGACGUACACCCUCCCCUUUAAAAGAACAAGAAUGGAUGCGUCGUACUCCAUCCCCUAUCAAAGAAUCAAAGUGGAUGCGGCGUACUCCCUCUCCCGCAAAGGAAACUCUUGUCGAAAGACUCUGGAGCCCAACACCAGAAAAGAGAGAAAAUUUGAGGAACAGAUUGCUAUCUCCGGAAAGAAUGGCGGAAAUGAUGGAAUUGAGUAUGACUGAAGACGAUGAUGGCUUACCCCAGCAAGAACAUGAGACUGAAGACAGUGCAUGGAAUGUAGAUAGGGUAUUAGAUGGCGGUGCAGUGGAAUUGAUGAAUUUACGUCAUCAUCAUCAUCAUCAUCAUCAUAGUCUAGAUGAACAAAGCGGAAGAGAGAACGUGGGCGCGGAUUAUGAUGAUGGAAGAGUGUUUGAUGAUUAUGAAGAUAACACUAUGAACAUGAGGGAGAAGAAUGGAAGUAGGAGUUCGCUAGAAAGUUUUGAGAACCGUAUGAGUAUGAGGGAUGGGAAUUGGAUUUAAGGGUGGGAAUAUCGCUCUUGGGGUGAGAGGGUAGAAUUUAUGAGGAAACUGGGGCACAUGUAAUAGUAACCAGUUAAUAAUAUAUAGUAUGAAUAUGGCUGGCUGUGGCUAGUAGUUUGAGCGGAGUCGAUAUCAAAGUAAUUCUAAGAUUGUCA